GUUCCGGCCCCGCUGUGUAGCUCGCUGCAGCCUGUACUUUGACACUGACAGCAGCUUCAGUCAUUCAGAGGCUUUUUGUCUUUGGACUGUGUCUGUCUGCUUCGUCUUCAGCUUUCUGUCUUCAGCUCUCUGUCUUCAGCUCAUCAUGGCGCAGGAAAAUCUCUCCGUGGUGCUGCACUCCAAAGGAGACCUCAGGCUGGAAAAUCGACCCGUCCCGGAGCCAGGACCUAAUGAGGUUUUGCUGCAGAUGCACUCUGUUGGAAUCUGUGGGUCAGAUGUUCACUACUGGCAGCACGGCCGAAUCGCUGACUUUGUGGUCACGAAACCAAUGGUGCUGGGGCACGAGGCUUCAGGGCGGGUGGUGAAGGUCGGAUCAGCAGUCAAGCACCUCAAAGUAGGUGAUCGAGUGGCUAUAGAGCCUGGUGUGCCCCGCGAAAUGGACGAGUUCUUCAAAAACGGACGAUAUAACUUGUCUCCCACUAUCUUCUUCUGUGCCACGCCCCCCGACAAUGGAAAUCUAUGUCGAUACUACACGCACAGUGCCAACUUCUGCUACAAGUUGCCUGAUAAUGUGACAUUUGAGGAGGGAGCUCUAAUCGAACCUCUGUCUGUGGGAAUCCACGCCUGCCGCAGAGCGGGUGUAACCCUCGGUAGCACCGUGCUCAUUUGUGGUGCAGGACCUAUUGGGUUGGUCUGUUUGCUCGUGGCCAAGGCGAUGGGAGCGUCAAAGGUCGUCAUCACCGAUCUCUCCUCAGAGCGUCUAACCAUGGCCAAAGAGUUGGGUGCAGACUUCCAGCUGACCGUGAAGAGAGGAGACGUACCCCAGCAGUUGGCCAAGACUGUAGAGGACAUGCUGGGCACUCAGCCUCAAAUUACUAUUGAAUGCACUGGUGUUGAGAGCAGCAUUCAAACUGGCAUCUAUGCGACACAUGCAGGAGGUGUUGUGGUGCUGGUUGGUCUUGGCAAUGAGAUGGCCACUAUUCCUCUGAUCAAUGCUGCUGUAAGAGAAGUGGACAUCAGAGGGGUUUUCCGUUACUGCAAUACCUGGCCGAUGGCCAUAGCCAUGUUGGCGUCGGGUAAAGUGAACGUCAAGCCCCUCGUGACCCACCGCUUCCCUCUGGAGCAGGCGGUCCAGGCCUUUGAGACCACGCGUCAGGGUCUUGGGAUUAAGGUCAUGUUAAAGUGUGACCAGAAUGACCAGAAACCCUGAUGACCCUGCUGCAGUGAACCGUACCUGACCGACUGAAAGCAACUCAGCAUGACCCACAAACUGGACAUUGACCCUGAGAGAGAUAACAGACACACACUAAUAACAGACAGCACUGUGACUGUUGUAGUGCCUGCAGGUCAGAGAUGGAAUUAGCAUCAAACGGUACAAGUAAUUAAUUUAUGAUGUUUUUUUAAGUAGCAUUUUAAUUGUUUUAAGAUUGUAUAUAAUUAAAAUUGUGCAUUUUGAAUUAAUGAUAAGUUUACAUACAAGCUACUGUAAUGAAAGAAAAUACUUAGAUAACAUUAAAAUAACUAAAUAUUUGUUUUUAUAUUUCAUCUUCACACCUGCACUUCUGAAUUUCAUACAUUAGGGGGAACUAGAGACUCAACUUACAGCAGUCAUUGUCCCACUUCUAACAGUACAUAAUGUAAACUCUAUAUGAAUGAGUUCAUAAUAGGAAUGUCAGUGCCGCUGCAAUAAAAAGAAAAUUCUCAUCUAAAGAUUUAAUACUUUUAUGUUCCCCAAUGUCUUACUGGAGCUGUUUUACCAACUAAUUAAUGUAUUGAUUUACUUUGCAGCUGGGAGCGUUGAGGGACAGUACUGGGAGAGAAUUUUAACAGCACACUCAAUCACACAAUCAAGUGUUGCUGACCAAAAUAUGAACAUCUUUUGUCUGAAUAUACUCAUACUCUCUACUCUACAGAUAAAGAUUAGAAUUCUGUCUGUUAAAUAUAAAUACUAAAAAUGAUUUUGAACUUAUGUAAAACACAUGUAAUUAGUGUACAUUUCUCCUGAUUCACUGCAAACCAUCAGGUCAGGUCAGGUAAUCUGUCUCCAUUUGGUUUCUGUUUUUUCCAAGUCUUCGCCGUGGUGCUUUGUCUGAACAGCCCAUUAGGGCAGCACUUCAGGUGCUUUCUCCUCCUGUGUGUCUACAGAAAUGUAGAUGAGACCUUUGGAGGCAAAGUAUGCUUUUAAAAGCUAGCUAAGUAGAUUGCAUAGUGCAGUGCAUCAAGAGUAAAAUGACAGGCUUGAAAAAGUACUCCAUAAAAUAUCAAAAAAUGACUUAAUUACAGUAAUGCGACUAGUUGUAUUUCUUUACUUCCAUCCUGUAAUGACACUGAAAUCUGAAAGUCUUCUGAAGGCAAAACCAUGACACAAAUCAAAAAUGUAGAUGAAGAUACAUAUAAAUAAAUGAUGAACUAUACUAAGUCAAUUUACUACAUUAAAAUGAUGAGAGUAAUACAUCAUUUUGACUUACAAUUAUUGUUUUGUUUGUUUGUUUUCUUUCUUUUCCUGGCAGCAGUGAGCUUCUAUAGUAAAGGCUUAAAGCAAACCUGCAGUCAGUGCUCAGGCUCCUCUUUCAUACUGCAAACCUUUUUUUGAAUCCAUCUUCAGUUUAAUCCAGUCCAACAAAAGCAGCCAGGUUCAGCUCAGAUUUUAUUAUCUUGCCACAAUGACAUGAUACUACUUUACAAGGCAUGCACACAGAUAAUGUUCAUAUGGUUAAAAUUUUACUACAAUGCAUUGUAAAACCUUUACUCGGUGGUAAGGCUUGUUUCUGUCACAGUGUGUGAUUCACAGUUCUCUCUUUCCCUCUCAAGACUGAAAGCCAACAUACAGGUGGGAAGAUGUUUGCGGUGACUAAACCUGUGUGUUUCGUUUUGCUUUUUACAUGAGCACAAUACUAGACAAGUUUCUCUUUAUGUACAGACAUUCUAAUACUGCUUAUGGCAAUGGGGCGGCUCACACAACACAGUUACAUUCACAAUCCACUCAUAGUAUGCAUGAGUUU